UUCUCUCGGUUGUAAUUUUCAGGAUGAAGACCAUUCUCAGCAACCAGACCGUUGACAUCCCCGAGCGAGUCAGCGUUUUGCUGAAGGGCCGGACAGUCAUUGUGAAGGGCCCCAGAGGAACCUUGCGGAGGGAUUUUAAUCACAUCAAUGUGGAGCUGUCUCUCCUGGGAAAGAAACACAAGAAGCUUCGUGUUGACAAGUGGUGGGGUAACAGAAAGGAGCUGGCGACAGUUCGCACCAUUUGCAGUCAUGUACAGAACAUGAUAAAGGGCGUCACACUGGGAUUUCGUUACAAGAUGAGGUCUGUGUAUGCUCACUUCCCAAUCAACGUAGUUAUACAGGAUAACGGCUCACUUGUGGAAAUCCGAAACUUCUUGGGAGAGAAGUACAUUCGCAGAGUGCGUAUGAGGCCAGGUGUUUCCUGUGCAGUGUCUCAGGCCCAGAAGGAUGAGCUGAUCCUUGAAGGGAAUGACAUUGAAUUGGUCUCCAAUUCAGCUGCCUUGAUCCAGCAAGCCACUACCGUCAAGAACAAGGAUAUCAGGAAAUUCUUGGAUGGUAUCUAUGUCUCUGAGAAAGGAACAGUACAGCAGGCAGAUGAGUAAAGCUCUAAUAGUUGUCUGGAUCCUGAAA